AAAAAAAAAGUUUAUGGCAUGGGAAGGAGAGGGCGUUAAAGGAGCUGUGAUUUUAUCCUGAGAGUUGUGUUUGGGUGGUGGCUGCUGUUUGUUUAACUAGAGCAUUUCUUGCUAGUAAAAAGGGCUGUGGAAUACAGUUUUAGUUUAGUUUGCAUCAGAUUUUGGAGGGUUUUUUAAACAAUUUUUGGUUUGCUGUAGGUUUGUUGUUAUUGUGAAGGUGAUUUAACAAGAGAGAUAUUAGUCUCAUUAACCAACAGCAAAUAAACAGCAGUGACAUGCAGGCCAUAAAGUGUGUGGUGGUCGGAGACGGGGCAGUCGGAAAAACGUGUCUUCUGAUCAGCUACACCACCAACGCGUUCCCUGGAGAGUACAUCCCUACAGUGUUUGAUAAUUAUUCUGCAAAUGUGAUGGUAGAUGGGAAACCAGUGAACCUGGGGCUGUGGGAUACAGCAGGACAGGAGGACUACGACAGACUCAGGCCACUCUCUUACCCUCAAACGGACGUGUUUUUAAUUUGCUUUUCGCUGGUGAGCCCUGCUUCAUUCGAGAACGUCCGUGCCAAAUGGUAUCCUGAGGUCAGGCAUCACUGCCCCAACACCCCAAUCAUUCUUGUUGGAACCAAGAUCGACUUGAGAGAUGACAAGGACACUAUUGAGAAGCUGAAAGAAAAGAAACUCACUCCCAUUACUUACCCACAAGGCCUUGCAAUGGCUAAAGAAAUUGGUUCCGUGAAAUAUCUGGAAUGCUCAGCCUUAACUCAGCGUGGCCUUAAGACGGUGUUUGACGAAGCCAUCCGUGCAGUCCUGUGCCCACCACCAGUCAAAAAGCCAAAGCCGAAGUGCUGUCUCCUCUGAAGUGUCUGUCCAUAAAGAACCAUCUGCACUCACCUGAGGAAAGGUGGGGAAGGAGGAUGUGUUGGCAGAAAGCAGGAAGACUCUAAGAACCAUACCCAUACGUCUCUUGUGUAUUGUUACUGUAAUUAUAAUUUGAUUUGCUUCUGAGUCUGUUUUAGGAUCCUAGAGUUUGUCUUGAGGAGAUGGGGGAUACGUUUCCUCAUUAUGUCCCUUCACAUUAACUCAUUCCUGCUGCCUUUUAAAUGGUUAUGUAACAGAAAACCAAAUGAAUGUUUGUUUUUCAUCCAUGAGAGCCUAUAUUUUGUUUACACUGCGCUUUUUUUUUUAAUAGAAAAUGAAGCGUUACCAAAAAUGCAAACCUACCUAUGAGCUCUUACAUUUUCUAAGCUUUUUUUUUUUUUUAACUAAUUUUAAUCCCUUGACUUGUAGGAACAAGUCCACAAUUCAGAAGUUGAGUGCUUGCUUGGAUAGUGUUUUUAAAAUUGAUCCCUGUGGGGAAAUUUGGGAAUCACUUAAGAUUUUAUUCCUUUUUUAGUUUACUCAUUUAGUGUACAUAUUGGGGUCAAACACUUCUUACACAAAUGUAAGACUAGCAAAGUAUGCUUUUACUGACUCACUGCUCUAAAUUUACCAAUUUUUUUUUUUAAAUAUAUAAAUGUGUUGCAUUUAUUAGGCAGACUCAUUGUGAAAGAUGUUUUGUAUUUCAACACAGUAUUGUAUAAAGCCUGUAGUUUUGGCCAGUGACUUGACGUUGGAUAGAUGUUUUUGUAAGCAUAUAGAAUAAGAAUUGUCUGUCCAAAAUCUGCUGUCAGCAUGAAAUUAUGCUCCCAAGUGAAAUGGAUCUUGGCUCACCAAGUUUAAUUGAAAUUCCUUUUAACAGCAAGAAACGGUGCGAGGACACGUGCUAUUUAUAAGUCAAGAAUCAUUCCUGACAAAUGUUUUUAACCCACCCACCAAAAAAAAAAACUGUAUUCUAACUACACUUUCAAUUUAUUAACAAUAUUCUGUGGAAAUCAAUGUCCUCGAUCCAAAGCUUUAGUGAUUUCAUACAAGUGUUAAUCAGUUAGUUAAUGCAACGUUAUGAUUGUCUGUCUGAUGUAGAGAUUUUUGUGUCUUGUUUUCCUGUUUUAAGAAGUUAAAAGUUGUUCUUUGUACUGAA